CAUCAGCCACUUAGCACUGUGCAAUGCUGGGGACCUGUUUCAGACUCCUAGUGGGCGCUCUGUGCACAGUCUGCAGCUUGGGCACUGUUAGAGCCUAUCUGGACACGUCCCCACUGCUUAGCUCCAACUGGGGAAGUCUGAUCCACCUGUACACAGCUACAGCCAGGACCAACUAUCACCUACAGAUUCAUUGGGAUGGCCAUGUAGAUGGCACUCCCCAUCAGACCAUCUACAGUGCCCUGAUGAUUACACCAGAGGACGCUGGCUCCGUGGUGAUAACAGGAGCCAUGACUCGAAGGUUCCUUUGCAUGGAUCUCCAAGGCAACAUUUUUGGAUCGCUUCACUUCAGCCCGGAGAACUGCAGGUUCCGCCAGUGGACGCUGGAGAACGGCUAUGACGUCUACUUGUCGCAGAAGCAUCACUACCUGGUGAGCCUGGGCCGCGCCAAGCGCAUCUUCCAGCCGGGCACCAACCCGCCGCCUUUCUCGCAGUUCCUGGCGCGCAGGAACGAGAUCCCGCUGCUGCACUUCUACACCGUGCGCCCACGGCGCCACACGCGCAGCGCCGAGGACCCGCCCGAGCGCGACCCACUGAACGUGCUCAAGCCGCGGCCCCGCGCCACGCCCGUGCCCGUAUCCUGCUCGCGCGAGCUGCCAAGCGCAGAGGAAGGUGGCCCCGCGGCCAGCGACCCUCUCGGGGUGCUGCGCAGAGGCCGCGGGGAUACUCGCGGGGGCGCGGGAGGCGCGGAUCGGUGUCGCCCCUUUCCUAGGUUUGUCUAGGUCCUCAGCCCGGGCGGCGUCAGCCUCCAUCCUCCAGUCCCCGAGGAUGUCUGCUUCUCUCCCUUCCCUUAUGGGCCUGAGAGUCACCUGCGAGCCAGGCCCCGCUGUUCAGAAGUAAGAGCCAACCGUGGGAGACUGGAGAGGAGGCGCAGUUAGUUCUCAGCAUCCACAACGUCUUGUAAUUCUAGCUCCAGGGGAAUCUGCGCUCACUCACACAUAUCCACACAUACAUACAUGUAAUUUUAAAUGUUAAUCUGUUUUAAAGACCCCCAGCAGGUAAACUAGGCACGAAGCUCUUUUUAUUUUAUUUUACUAACAGGUAAACUGGACACUUGGCCUUUAUUAGCCGGUCUCUUGCCUAGCAUUUUGAUCAAUCAGUUUAGCACGAAGAAAGAGUUCACAUCUUGAACACAUGGAAGAAGGCUAUCUCUGCAGCUUUUUGUUAUUGUUCUGGGACCCACACUUCUGAGUUUGAAUUUGAGCACCUUGACCUUAAUGUCUUCACUGGCCAAGUCGAAGAAAGACACUCAUUUCUUCCCUUUAGGAAGAGCUUUCGAUUGGCCGGAGGCCGACAGGAAGACCCAAACGCACGGUGAUCCAGAACACAUUCCACAGAAUUCAGGCUCCUUGCAGAGUGAACACCCGCCAA